CGCGUGAUAUCCUUUUGCCCGAAGAGUCCUCCCGUGGCACCUACUUCCUCAUUCUUGAUUCUGCGCCGAGCUUCGAACAGCAGACUAUUCCUCUUGAAGAUUCAAUGGAGGUGUCUCGUCCAAUGGCGAACACGGCGGACGAUCACCCGGCCAAUACGAGCUUCAGUCGGUCCAGCGAAUUCUCGAAUGGGAACUUCAGUGCCCACCUCGACUCGUCGCAGGGUCCGCGUCUAACUGAAGGAGGUGGAGCCGUGGGCGCUCACCGCCAGACGAUGCUCAAGGCCGCAGACUUCGACGACCUGCCGCCCGAGACCACGAAGGACUACAAAGGUCGCAUCCGGACGUGGCCUGGGCUUUUGUUGCUUCUACUUAUCAUCGGUGGCGCUGUGACGAUCAUCGUCCUGCAGGCCAAAGAAACGAGCGAUCUGAUCCAUGCGAACCGAGAAAACUACGAGCAACAACAAGCUAACAAACGCAAGAUCAAGGACGGACUUGACGACGACCAAGUCCUCAUCUCGGACGACGGACAGGUCGGUAACCCAAAGAAAUACCCAGACAUGGGCUGUGAACUGCCAGACUAUCAAAGCAAGAACGGCCAGAUCGUUGCCGUCUCCAAGAACGGCACAGAGGUACCAGUAGGUAUCAAAGGAGUCAACUGGUUCGGUAUGGAGACAGGUCUUGCCAUCCCCUUCGGUCUCUGGGAAAACAUGGACAACGGUACGUCCGUGUACGAAGUGGCGGCCUUCCUGGCUCGCAACAAGUUCAAUAGUGUGCGUCUGCCCUUAUGCAUUAAGAACAUCCUGAACGACGUGGCCCCGGAAAAGUCUCUGAUCAAUUUAAACACCAACCGAGCUGUAAACAUCACGUCGUACAUUUCGACCAUCCAGUCGAUCGUCGAAGCGCUGGGCUAUCGUCACAUCACAGUCAUGAUCAGUCUCCACACUUUGGACCCGAAGAAGUCCGGCGGUGCCUGGUUCAGUGAAGAUCUGGGCGUAUCAGAGGACGAAUUCCUCGACGCUGUGGACAUCUUGACCAAGAAUCUGUGCAAGUCCAGAUACUGGAACAUUCUGGGUCUAGAUCUUAAGAACGAGCCCCACGAGUGUUCAUGGGGUGGCGAGGAUCCAGACUGGCAGAAGGGAGCCACUCUGAUCGGUAACAGGAUGCUGGAAGGUUGUCCUAACUGGCUGGCAUUCGUUGAAGGUAUUGCUGGAUCCGGAACGAUCUCUCUUAACGGUGAGGUUGAUCGAGUUUACUUCGAUUGGUGGGGUGGAGGAAUGGAGAAGGCGGGAGACUACCCCAUCACUUUCGACAUCAAGAAUAAACUCGUGUGGUCGCCGCACUACUACAAUACUGGUGUGAGUCCAGCGUGGUACUUCUAUGCCUCCGGUACGCAGGGUGCUGAGGGUGCACUGGAAGGCUACGAGGAACUCGAUGACGACGAACUAAAAAAUAACAUCGAGAAGACUAUGGAUGUGAUGUUUGGGUACUUAAUUGAGGCAGACCCGAACAUUGCCAUGGUUAUGGGCGAGUUUGCUGGCUUGUACGGUAAGGACGCCCACCCGAAACUCACUACUAAACGCGCAACGGACUUCACUAUUGAGGCCAUGCUCAAGGGGAAAUACGCCGGUGCCUAUAUGUGGUCUUUGAACCCCGAAAGUGCGUACCAAUUUAACCCAGCUGACACGUACGGCCACUACACGGAAGGUUUACUCGACGAUGACUGGCUCACCCCAAACAAGGUCUUCGUGGAAGGCAUGGCGGCUUUGGACGAGAUGGAAAACCUUCAGAUGUUCCCGUGUUUCCCUCAGGAAGUUGAGGGCUCUGAGUCGGAGGAGGAAGAGGAAGAAGAGUAAAUGCGGCGUUAUAAACUACCGGAAUUACUGGACCACCAAGUUGAAGAGUUGCUAUCGUUUCAUUUCCCGAGAAAGCGUAGAGCUGGUCUGUGUGCUGCCUCGUGUUGGUGCACGGACGCGGGUCUUGGAGUGGACUUGGUAGGUGGCUGGACGGUAGACGAAUGCUAGACAGCAAAUGAGACCAUAACUCGUCCAGUACAUUAAUUCAUCAUUCUGUGUUCCGAAAAA